AAGGUGGUAAAACUAUUUUUAAUUGUUGUCUAUGUGUAUAAAGUUAAUUCUACUAAAGUAUACACGGCUACUUUCAGGCGGAACGUUUCCGUCGGACUUGUUUCCGGGGGAGUCUUUUAAACAGCAGUUUCAUUCGGGUUGCUGCUGUUUUAUGUUGCUUUAACGUGUUAAACUCGGCGCGUUACUGAGUUGGUAGCAUUUCUGAGUGAGUCUGCUGAACUGUGGUAAUCAAACUCACUUUUAGUUAGCGGUGACACUGGCAGCUGAGCUAUGUCCUGUGCGUAGUCCAUGAAACAAAUGAGAAGGUAGCCCGGAACUUCGGUUUUAAAGCAUGAGGACGUCGCCUCUGUCCGAUAGCAUACAGCAAUAGUUAGCUAAGAAAGAUAUCCUUCAUUUCUCAGCCAGGACAAUGGUUCUAAUCUGUUUUAACUUGUUAAGGAGUCGCUUAUGUCUCCACUCUCUACAUCUGACGCGAAGCGUCCUGGUCCGUCAACCAGCUGAACUUCUGAAAAACACCUCCUCGUCCUCGUCCUGUCAGAUCAGCUGUCGCGCAGCCACGACCUCUGUCCACUUCAGAGCCACCGCUGCAGCGCCUGUGUGCUUCUCUGGCAGCGUCAGAUCGGCGUGUUUCCUGAUCCACGUAGGUCCCCACUCCACGGCCGUGACUCGGUGCGGACGCCGCAUCCACACUUCCGCCGCUGCGAGGGCCCUGCCCGCUCCUCUGGUGUGGGCUCUGCUCAAACCUCUGCAGAAGCUCGUGGCUAUAGUGGUGGGCAGGAGUAUAAGGAAGUGGUGGGCAGCUCUACCAGACAACCGCCGGCAGCUCAUGCGUGAAUGGGCCUGGCAGCUACGCUGGCGCCUGGCAGCAGGGACAGGUGUUGCUAUGGUGAUUAUAGCUCUCCUCCUCCUGACUCACCUUGAUGAAUCCCCAGUGACGGGACGGACUCGCCUCCUGGUGUUCAGCAGGGAUAACUACAUGGAGCUGGCAGCUCUGACUUCAGAGGCGUACAUGGAAGAGUUUGCAGAGCUGCUGGUUCCAGUCACAGACCCUCGUCACAAGACAGUUGAGUUAAUUGUGCACCGCCUGGCAAAAUGCAACAAGGACAUCCCUGAGGUGUCUGAUAUGACCUGGACCAUCCAUGUGGUGCAAAGGCCCGACAUCAACGCCUUUGUCCUACCGAAUGGGAAAGUCUUUGUGUUUACGGGGAUGCUGGAUGCCGUGGCAGAUAUUCACCAGCUCACUGUCAUCCUGGGACACGAAAUGGCUCAUGCUAUACUGGCCCAUUCUGCAGAACAAGCCAGUCUGUCUCAUGUUGUAGACCUGCUGUCCCUUAUUGUGCUGACAGCCAUCUGGGCCGUGUGUCCUCGGGACAGCCUGGCGGUGCUGGGACAGUGGCUGCAGAAACAGCUGAGUGAGUUGAUGUUUAGUCGACCCUACAGUAGGAGGCUGGAGGCUGAAGCAGACCAGGUUGGACUGCAGUUGGCUGCUAAGGCCUGUGCAGAUGUGCGAGCGGCCCCCGUGUUCUGGCAGCAAAUGGAACUCGCAGACAAUCUGAAUGGAAAGGCCACUUUACCUGAGUGGUUGUCCACACAUCCGUCACACAAGAACAGAUUCACUCAGCUGGACCGCCUCAUACCACAGGCUCUGGAUUUGAGGGAAAGCUGCCUCUGUCCCGCUCUUCCUGCCGCCGACCCUCGCGUGGUCUUCACCAAGAGCGUUCGCGUGCUGCUGGAACAACACAAAGGAAGGCCAGAGGGGGCAAACGCUUCCCAGUUGCCCCACAGCCUGGCCUGACCCACGGCUCUGCCUCCCUGCUUCCCGCCGCCCCCCAACACGGCCGAACAGAGCAAAGGUUCAGUCCCAGUAACAGCAUUAGAGACGGAUGUGCUCACGCUGAGGGCCACGGACCCCGACACUGAGUACAGAUACACAGCUGCCACACAAACCUCACAAACCUCAAAACACCAGUGUGUUGGUAAAACGAAGACAUGAAACUAUUUAUAUGAGUCCUACAUAUGGUACUGAUGACAUUUAUCAUGAACAUACACUGGUUUUGUUUCUUUCCACGGCUCUAGUGGCACCUAAUGGUGGUGGUGUGAAACUUAGAAAUUAGUGGGAAAAUCCUCCUCCUGCACUGAGCGGGCUGAACUUCAGGGAACGUUAUCCACUGCCUGGUGACUACAAAUAUGCCACGUUAAUUAGAUGACCUCAAACAAGGAAACGCUGUAUUAAUUAGUAAAGCUCCCAUACAUUCAUUGCAAGAUUAAUAUGUGCAUUAUUCAUCAACACACGGCAACGAGCGAGAAUAAGCACUUUAUAUGUGCAUGUUGAAGGCUGCGUCCAUGGCAGGCAGAGGACAUCUGCAUUCUCAUUACAGCGUCCACACUCACACACCACACACACUUUUUCUAGUCUGAGGACUUAAUGGUGUAAAUUUAUGCGGGGUUGUUUUUGUGCGUUUUUGUUUCUUUAGUCUCCUGCAAAGGAAUGUCAGUAUCCGCCAUCAAGCUUUAAAGGAAUCUUUCAUGGGAUUUGGUAAAAUCUCAUUUAACAAGACAAGUUGAGUAAGAAAAUACUCUUGUUUACGGUACUGCCUGCGGGAGGAGGUGCCGCGCUCUGGGUUUAUAUCUUGGUAAUCUUUUGCGUGUGUGUGUGUGUGUACUUGCAUUGAAGUGAGAACCAAAAAACGUAUUUUCCUACCAAAGUGAGGGCAUUUUGGCCAGUUCCCCCAACUUGAAGGCCUGUUUGAGAGUUAAAAUGUGAUUUUAGGGCUGAGGUUAGAAUUGAGUUUUGAUUCAGAUUAGAGCAAAGGUUAGAUGUCUUCCUUUAUUUGUGAUGGUUAGGGUGAGAGGCUAGGGAGGGCAUUAUGUCAAUGGAGGUCUUCAAUUCUAAGUAAGUACAAGGACGUGUGUGUGUGUGUGUGUGUGUGUGUGUGUGUGUGUGUGUGUGUGUGUGUGUGUGUGUGUGUGUGUGUGUGUGUGUGUGUGUGUGUGUGUGUGUGUGUGUGUGUGUGUGUGUGUGUGUGUGUGUGUGUGUGCGCGCGCGCGCGCGCGCGCACCCUGCAGCAGAACAGGACACUUGGUUAUACUGUGAUGUGAUGGACCCCACUGUGUUUUCAUUUGGGAGGAAUUAUUUUACCUGUGUCAUGAAGAAGAAGAAACGCACAUGGUGGAAGCUGUUGUUUUUACUGCACAAGGGCAUUAAAUUGUGUGUCUGUAUUAGA